CAGCCGUUUUCCGUGCUGCCUUCGCCCGGUUCGUUGGUUCGGCACCUAUGUGUUGCAAGUUCCUCCGACGUGAUUGCAGUAUUUCAAGGUGCAAGAACAUUCAACACCAAAGCCCGCGACAGCGUCAUCUUUAAGGGGCGGAAGGGAAUGGAUGCAUUGAGAGACUUGCCACCACUCCCCAAAAGCCUGAGUGGGCUCAUCAACUUCAACAGCACCCAGUGGCGUGAAGUAGAGCGUGUCCACCUCAUGCGCACCAUGAUUCAGCAGGAUCUGAGUAGGGCGGCCCCCGUCGUGCCGGCGCGUAGUAGCAGCGCCAGCCGAGCCUCGGCGUCUCGACAAAGAUCGCCGCAGGCUGAGUCGUUGCACGGGUCGCUCGGCAACAGCCGUGUCGCUGGUGGCUCUGGCAAGGAUGCGCACAACACGUGGUCGGGCCGUUCUUCAAGACUCGACGCGCAGCUCGCAGUUCUUCGAAAAGAGAUGGUGGGACUUCGUCAGAUGGACAUGUCCCUGCUGUGCCAGCUAUGGUCACUCAACGAAUCUAUCCAGGAGUACAAGCAGGCGCUGCAAGACAGGUCACCGUCUUGGGACCCCAGCCAAGAGGAAUUGCUGAGUCAGCUGAAUGGGGCAUCUCCAGCCAGCAUCGCCGCCUUCGACCUCGCCCCGAUCCCACCGCCCACGGUUCGGCACCAGCGCUCGAGCAGCGAAGGCUCCACACCACGUCGCUACGACGCCCGACACCAGCCACGAAACCUCAUGGCCGUUCCGGAGAGGACGCUAGCCAUCGACAGCUCGUCCGGCUCUAGCGGCGAGUACGACUGACGUUCUAUGAAUCGAACGACCGCCGCCGCUAGAUGUGUUGACGGUGCAGGCUCUGGUGACCACAGCUACAUAUGUAGUGUGGCUAGUUGGACUGAAAGAGAUGUUCAGACGAUUUUCGCGAGAUCGUCGCCAGCUCGAGCAGUUGGAUGAGCACUCGUAACUCUUGGAGUAAUGUGUUAGUUCAGCAGUUCAAGCAAGCAUUCUGAAACUAAACUAAAACUUUUAAACUUCCAUCAUUGGGCACUUUUGUCCUUCUAUCCAUUCCUGUCUGAAACUAAAGAAGUCAAGUUGCUCGUAAAAUAUGUUCACUCACUCAUUUAUAGAUGGAACAUAUUGCCGUGAGAAAACGCACACGUGCAUUAACUGUGACAAAGCUUGUUAAGCAGUGCUUGACCAAAAAAUGCUGCAGCCGUGUUGCAUUGUUGGAAGGGGCCCGACAACUAACCGCGAAGGAUUAAAACAAUCAAUCUGAUGAAGCGUUAGCACAAUUGCAUCUUCAUCAUAAUGUACGGAUCUUUGAGGCAAUCUCGUCUCACAGAAUUUGUUAAUCCUACUGAAAAGGCAACAAUGAAAACCUGAUUAGGAACAACGCAAAGUCGAACCCUGAUAUCGAUUUUGAACGGUUUCACAGAAGGUUCUAUAUGUAGACAAUUCAAUAUAUGCAAUUCCUUUAUAUGUCAAAGAUAUGCAGUCGAAGUCCCUCAAUAAGAGACACUGACAUAACAAGCAAAUGGGCACAAAGACACCAGUGUGCCCACACUAAAAUAUAAGUUGGUAGAAAAAUGCAUACGAAGUACCCUGCUAAUAAUAGAUUUCUAAUAUACAAGACAAGAAUUGCUGCCCAAAGCAUGCCUCUUAUAAAGUGGUUUAACUGUAUUUGAGGACAUGUUACGACUGUUCGAUAUACACUAUGAUUUGCACUUUGUGGGGUCGACUGUAAUCACAAGUACUGUGGGUUUCUCUAAUAUCAUGGAGAUGUCGUGACUUUCAGUGACCAUAAUUUGUACGUGUUUUUCUGGAAUUCCAUACACAUCUUGUCAUCAAUCGUGCCAUGUGAUUGAUGCUGGCCGUGGCGGAACGCUGCCCCAAAUGUGUGCCUACAAUGAAGGAUAGAAAUAAUAGUGCAUAUAUCAAGAAGCGUAUGAAAAUUUAAAUACACUGCUUAUGAACAGUGGUCACACACACAAAAUGCUAUCAUAUUUUGCCGUGUGCUUUCAGCAAUUUAAAACGAGUAAGAUCAAACUUCGGUGCGUCACAGCAGUGACAAAGUGCAGGCACAGCGUAUUGAAUGUGGUUGGUGCUCAGGUAUUUUUUAUGUCACGUCUUGUGUAACUGUAGUAAAUUUGAAAAAAGAAAGCAGUGAAGCAUUGCAGGAGUUUGCUAAUUAUUAUUCAAGGACUCCUCAUGAUAAAUACUCUCGUAUGUCGUUAUGUCGCCUGUUGCGUAUCGACAAGUUUUAGAAUUUCAAGCUUAGCGUCACCAGCAGGACAUGCGCGACAUCUAGCUCCCGCAGAAUGUCUCAGUCAGACUGGCUCGCAUAUGUGUAAGCGAGCACGCUGACAGCCACGAAAAGGUGCUCACUAUAGUCACGUCAUAAAAUGAGAACUUCAUUUCCAGGCACAAAUAGUGAUAGUGCGUUUAUGUUUGGCUCAACUAUACUUUGUUCACAAGUUUAGUUUAUCACUGUUUAUUAAGAGUGUCACAGUGGCGCAAAGAAAAUUGAUAUGCCUUUUUUAAUAAAUGCUUUGCCAUAGUGUUGGCAGGCACACUAUGUUUAAAUGGCAGCUAUUUUGCAUAUAUUUGCAUAAGGCAGCUUAGAAGUGUAAUGAUAUAAUAAUUGUUGGGGUCAUAUGCCUCAAAACCUUUCUGUAUCUCACCAGAAAUAAAAUCUGUUCAUUCAUUCAUUAAAAACCGGAAUAUGACUAUGAGUGACACCACAGGGGAGGGCUUUGGAAGGUUCGACUACAUAGGGGUUUUUCGGCGUGCACCUAAAUCUAACCACGUGGGCCUCUAUCGUUCUGCCUCUAUUGAAAUGCCGCUUCCACGACCGGGAUUCGAUCCCACGGCUUUCGGUUAACGGUCGAGCAUUAAAACAAAUAGAGCACUGCGGCAUGUGGUAGCUUAGAAGUGAGGAAAGGCACUGUAACGAGGAACACGCCUUGUUUCAUUAGAACCAGGAUUCCUUCAAAUUAUAAACAAAAGAAAUUAGUUGUGCGCAGCAAGGGAGUGCUCUGUUGCAUCCAUGGCAUGCUGGAAUUUUAUCCGCAAGCAUUGAAUCUAAACGUGUCCGAUCGUGCCCUCUCAUUUUCCUUUCCAGUCAGCAUGCAAAAAAGAAGCCAUCAUAUCCCAUUCUGAAUUCGCAUGAUAAACUUAGAUGACUGUGCUUUUCGCAAAAACUGAUACAUCUUGAGCAAUUCCUAAAGCCCACGUAACCUAAAUAUUUGUGCCACUGUGCGUGGGCAUACGAUGUGCCGAUGAGAACUUGCAACAAACGCAGCUUUCACAUCCACGAAUCAUGAAAAAUGGCUGCACUUGUUCUCCAGAAAUGCAGGAAACAGAACAGGAACAAUCAAUGCAUGAGCAAGUGGGUGAAAGCCGAAAUUUCGACGCCGCUUACUGAUGUUCAUUUUCAAGAAAGUGUCGUUUGUACUAUAAUUUCACUUCGUUGGAAAAGCAAAUACACUAAACUUGUUUGCACCACAAGACAGGCAUUUACUGCAUGUUUUGUGAACUGUGCACUGAUAGAUUGGCUGCGUAAAUUGACUGAUUCAAAGCAGCAUCAGCUACGAAAAACUGCUUAAUCAAAGGCUUCCGAUGAGUUUUGACCAACUGAGGUUCUUGGGCCACCCCCCCCAAGCAAGGUAGUCGAGUGAUUUUACAUUCUUUACUACUAAAAAUAUGGCAGCUGCAGGAGGGAAUCAAACCCACAAUCUCUUUUGCUUUGCGGUAAAAUACCAUAGCUGUAGAUCUAGCUACUAGGGCAGUUGUUAGACCUCUGGCUAAAGAGGAUCGUAAAAAAAACUGUUUAAGGUGUGGGGUUUUACAUGAUAAAACCACAAUACGAUAAUUAGGCAUGCCAUAGAGAUCUAAAUACAUUAGUGUUUAGAAUUUCACACCUACCAAGAUGUACCAACCGUGACAAGGAAAUGAACCCAUGUCGUCAAACUGAGCAGCGCACUAGCUCUUUCAUAAGUUGUUACAUAAGCAUAUUUCAUAAUUCCAGCUAUAACUUUCACAUUCGCAUACUUUAAGUGUCUGUUCGACAGUUCCAAGUGAUAUGGUUGCCACCUCAUCUUUUCUCUCAGUAAUUGCUUAUCUCAGCACUUCAGUUUGAAGUGCUUCUCAAAUGUACGCGAACACUGCAUAAGAAUGGUCUUUUUCACUACGUGCGCUAGAAUUGAUAAGUGCCUAUUAUGGUUGAAGCACAUUUCCGAUAGCGACACGUGUUAUCUGGAAUGGGAUGCCCUGUUUAAUUGUGUGCGACAUGAAGCCGUGUAUUGUGUGCAGUGUUUCUUUCAACCCUGUGUGUGUGAAAAAUCAAAAUACAUCUUGCACCAUUGGCUCAAUAAGGUUCGGUGAAUAAAUAUCUUGUGUCUGCCUGAAGAUGUGACACUGUCUGUGACUACAGCUGUUGUCUUUAUGACGUGUCUGUUAAGAGUGUCUCCUUUUCUCUCAAAGAUUUGCUGGCGAGCUGUUUCAUUGAAGCAUUGAAAGAAAUUAUUAAAUGAGGCAUAGCUGGCAAAGCAUAUGUUUCAUUUUAAGUUUUCAGAUAAGUUGAAUCCACUGCCCUUUGUGAAGUGAAAACUCAGAUGUAUAUUGGGACUUGAGCACAGAUUCACGGCACAAACAAUUUUUUUUUGCUUUAAUUGCAGUCUAUCUGUGAAAUAUAAAGAUGGCCUGUUUCAAGCAGGUAAUACCAUAAUGCUGAGCAAGUUGUAAGGGUGCUUCUAUGUGACAAGCUUAUUACAUUUACCUUAACCUAGAGUACGCAUUUAAAAUACUGUUUAAAUUCCGUUUUAUGUGUGCAUAAUCAGUUUAGAGAAAGCACAGCAAUGAACAUGUGCAUCGGGCUGUGUGAAAUGGGCGGCCUGUCCAUAUUGCCUGCCCAUAAAUACUUUGACCAAUUGCAAUAAUGUAACAUUGAGCAACACUUCACUCUGUCACAUUCCUGUGUUGUCAUAUUCAGCUGGUGAAAUGUGGUCUUGUUUAUCUCUCCAGAGCUUAUACUCAAUCACCAUUCUGGACACUAUGAAACUGCCAUAUUGUCAGAUUUUGUAAUGACGGCAUUUUUGACUAAUCAGAGAGGUGUUUGCAGCCAUGUUGGCCAAUCAGAAUUCACAAGAUGGCGAACUUGGGCAACAUGGUACAAUAUGACAGCGUCAAGAAUGGCGCUGCUGACCUUUUGACUGCUCACAUUUAUCUGCAUCACUCACUCGGUUUAGCAAGGAAAAAACUAACAAUUUUUGUAUUUGUGUGUCUGGACGAAGACUGUUAAACUUUUUUUGUUUGAAAAGGAUGAAGUGUCUAGCAUGCAUCAUGGCUAUUCUGUAAUGAAUGCGGUAAAAAUGUCUUGGUGUAGCUGCAUCCUGAACUUUAUUGUCAGGUUAUUGCUAGUAAUUGCUAGUAUUGCACAUCUUGGGGGUUCUAAGAUAAGUGUUUCAUGUGGCCAUUCUUCUAAAAAAAGGGCGUUUGGGAGAGUGACCUUUUUUUUUUCCUUCCCUUUGGACAACUUGUUGAAUGCAACGUUGGGUGUGCCCUUACUCAUUUUUAUUCACCACUGUGCCACUACACAAGGUUUUGUUGCAUGAGGCACGAACAAAAUCUUUGAAGCUGCCAUCACUUUGAUUGUGCCAAUAGUGCUAGAAUGCCGCAGAACGCUCUGAAGAGCAAUUUGCACCUUUUGAGGAGUCUUUUUGCCCCACAGUGCGGUUGUCAUUUGGCUUGCUUGGAAACUUGGUGCCCGCCACUGUCCUGUCAAGCAGUCUACGUGACACUCAUAGUAAUCGCACCGUUUACAACUAGUAGAUACUGCCUGCGUGGCAUCAGAGCAAGAUAGAUUAUUAUCGUUGUGGGACAAAAAGAUGUUAACCACGCAUGAAAAAUGCCAGAGAAAUAAUGGUCCGGCAAGUUUCGCGGGUGUGUAGGAUGACCCUGCCACUGCCAAACGUGUGCAUUUUCACAUGCACAUUUUCAUGUUCAUUUGAAUAGAGAAAUCGCAGCUCCCUUUGGUUAAUAAAGUACAGUCAUGUGCAAUAUGAAAUGGAACGUUGAAAUUACAUUCAACAUGCCAUAGUGGCUAAAUGCAGUUACCGAACGAGAAAAGUUUCCGCGACACCAAACGUUCUGGUGAAUGGUACAUCUUGCAAAUCUAUGCAUCCUAAUGUUGUCUGCACAUCAUGACUAUAUGUACCUUAUGGGCUGAUUGGGUGUCACUUUCAUAUUGUUCACAACUGUACAAAGUACGCUGAACUAUGUUUCGACUGCACUUAACAGUUCUCAGUUUUCUAAAUUUUAAUCAUGUGCCAUUCAUGAACUCGUUUUGACAUCCUACUGUGAGGAGCUGAUUGUAUACAUCUUUAUUAAUUUUACGUGUAGUUUUGUAUUGUUCUUCAGAGCAGUGUCGUUUUACUGUUGUAGUGGUGAACUUCAGGCUUCUGGCCGUCAAGUAAGAAACACAUUUUUAACUAUUCAGUUUCCAGACAAAUUGUGUCACAAUUAUUUUGUUUUGUGCAACCUACGUGCUUGUGUUUGUCCAAUGCACUGUAUUGAAACACUUGAACUGAUUCUGCAGUCUCCACUACUGUGGCUUUGGAAUGUAUCUAGACAGUUUUCUAAGCAUGAUGUUCUAUUUGCUGACUUAAAUGUUUUUGCUAACAUAUACAUGUUUUUAUUGAAUGUUGCCCACAUUUUAUUUACACUAUGAGCCAACAUGUCUCACUUUCAUCAAAUUUCUGGCCCAUGUUUCUUUUUCUUUGAACUGUGGCACAGGUUAAAAAUAAUUUAAAUUUUUACACUUAUUCUGUGAAGCAAAGCAGAAUUUGUAAUCAGUAUUGUGUUUUACUUGUCUUCAAUGACCAUGUAUUAUUCCUUUGGCCAAGGUUAGAAAUUUGUGUAUUUUAUAUUCAUAAAGUAAUCUUUUAAUGCACAUCUGCUCACUUUAGUAGCUAACAUAUCUAGCUGCUUUAUUUUUCCUAAUUUCAUGUUCCUGUCAUUUUGUAUGCUGACAUGCUUUUGACUUCAUUCUGACCACACUGAUUCUAGUCAUUCGUUUGUGGUCAACUUAGCAGCUAUUUCAUAAAUUUAGCAGCUUUUAUUUACCAUUUGCUUUAUAUACAUGUUUGGUAUUCAACCCUUUUAUUUACACUUGCAUUUCAACAUUCCACCUUACCACACGAACUGUCACAAGCUGUCAUCAUUUUUUUUUAUAACACACUAUUGACUCCACAUUGUCUUGCCAUGAGCAGAUCAUAGAAAACUCGAUUUGCAUAUACUGGUUAUGCUUCUCUAUAGAAGGCAUUCUUAAUUUGGUUCAAACAGCUUUGUUUAAAUCUGAGCUCGCCAAAGCUUGUUGUCUAAUAUUGCCACUUUUUUUUCUUUGCUGCAAAAGCUUUUAAAAGAAAUUCGUGUCGUUGAUGCUAUACAAUACUGGUACUCACAAUUGCUUUACAAGUUCUGAACAAGCAAGGUGGAUCUGUUUCGCUUGGACUGCGUGUAUUCGUAAAUUUGGGAAAAUAAAAAAAAUAUCACGUUUGCAACUGAA